AUGGUUCAAUUUCACGAGCACAUAAUCGCCGAUCUCCUUGAAGAACCCAGCGACGGCGGCGGCCUGGUUGUUCUCUCUUCCGGCCUUGGUAUGCACAAAAUUAUUACUGCUCUUCUUCACCUGCACCACCCAUCCGAAGGUACUCUUCUUAUCCUCUCUGCAUCCCCAUCCCAGAAGCACUCCAUCCUCACCUCCCUAAACCCUAACCCUAACAAUGAAGUUACCAACUCACCGUCCGAGAUAACUUCCGACCUCCAGGCGCAUCACCGUCUUUCCCUCUACUCCUCCGGGAACGCCUUCUUCAUCACUUCUCGUAUCCUCAUCGUCGAUCUCCUCACUCGCCGCCUCCCUACCUCUGCCGUGGCCGGGGUCGUCCUCCUUAAUGCACAUUCUUUGUCGGAAACUUGUACCGAGGCUUUCAUUGUAAGGAUUCUUAGGUCGUCGAAUAAGAAUCUUUAUGUUCGUGCCUUUUCGGACAAGCCCCAUGCCAUGGUCUCUGGUUUCGCUAAGGCUGAGAGAACGCUUAAGUGCUUGUUUCUGAGGAAACUCUAUCUGUGGCCCAGGUUUCAGGUAUAUGUAUCAGAAGACCUAGAGAGGUAUCCACCAGAAGUAGUGGACAUCAGAGUCCCCAUGUCUGCAUACAUGGUGGGGAUUCAGAAAGCGGUGAUAGAGGUCAUGGAUGCUUGUUUGAAAGAGAUGAGGAAGACUAACAAGGUUGAUGUGGAGGAUUUAACUGUGGAGAAUGGUCUGUUCAAGUCAUUUGAUGAGAUUGUUAGGCGACAAUUGGAUCCAAUUUGGCAUACAUUGGGGAAGAAGACUAAGCAGCUUGUUUCAGAUUUGAAAACGUUGAGGAAGUUGUUGGAUUAUCUUGUUAGGUAUGAUGCAGUGACUUAUUUAAAGUAUUUGGAUUCGUUGAGAGCAUCAGAGAGUUUUCGCUCUGUAUGGAUAUUUGCAGAGUCCAGUUAUAAGAUAUUUGAGUAUGCAAAAAAACGCGUUUAUCACUUCGGGAUGUCAAACGGUGAAAAUUUGACUGCUCCGGCUAAGAAGAGCGUGAAGUCCAAGAAGAGGAAGUUGGAUGAUAGUAACAAGGACCAAGAAGAUUCUCUGGUAAAGGAUGCCAAUAGUAGGGUAAUUUUGGAGGAAGUCUUGGAGGAGGCACCAAAGUGGAAGGUGUUGCGUGAGGUUCUCGAAGAAAUAGAAGAAGAAAGACAGAAGCAAGCUACAUCAAUUGAUGAAUGUGUUGUUGAAAGUGCUCAAGAUGAUAAUGGCAUUGUUUUGGUUGCCUGUAAAGACGAACACUCUUGUGUUCAGCUUGAGGAGUGUAUCACGAGCGACCCAAACAAGGUCAUGCGAGGAGAGUGGGAUAAAUAUUUGCUGAGCAAAGUGCAGUUGCAUGCCUUACCAAAGCGUAAUAAGAAGAAACCCCAAAACACUAAAGGUUUCGGGGUACUUGACGGAGUGCUCCCUUUGACACCUGGAAAGAGAGUAGAAGGCAAUAGUUUAGUAACACAAGAACAUGAUGCAUUACUAGCAGCAGCAACCCAAUUAAGUAAGCAAGCCCAGAAAGGUAUAGAAAUAGUGGACGAUCCUCAAAAUUGUGAGGUCAAAAAAGGAAAGGGAAAAGGGAGUUCGAAAAGUAGAAACAAGAAGUCCUCAAGAAAUGCCUCCUUAAAGAGAGGAGAUGGAAACAAAAUUGAGGCAGCAUUGCUAAAAGAAUCUGAGCCCUCUUCUAAAAAUGAUGGCAAAGAAGUUGAAAUUAAUCCAGCUAGCGAUCAUACAACAAUUGGCACAAGUGUUCUCAAGAAGCAUGUAGAAGGGGCUGAUGUUGAGCAACCGAGGAAUGAAAAACGGAUUCCUCCAGUGCAUUUUUAUGCCUAUGAAAGUGGUCAGCAAGUACUUGACGUUUUGAAGCCAUCUGCAAUUGUUGUUUACCAUCCUGACAUCGCCUUUGUACGAGAAAUUGAAAUAUAUAAAGCUGAAAAUCCCACAAAGAAGGUGAAAGUAUAUUUUUUGUUUUAUGAAGAUUCUACAGAAGUGCAAAAGUUUGAGGCUAGUAUACGCCGCGAAAAUGGAGCAUUUGAAUCCCUGAUUAGGCAGAAAUCGAUGAUGAUGUUGCCAGUUGAUCAGGUUGCUCAUGGCCUUGUUCGAAAUUCUGCUAGUGAGACGGACUCUCCAUUGAAGCAAAAUAUGGUAACUAGGAAGGCAGGUGGACAGAAGGAAGCCGACAAAGAGAUGCAAGUCAUAGUGGAUAUGCGGGAGUUCAUGAGCAGCCUUCCUAACGUUCUUCAUCAAAAGGGUAUGAAUAUAAUACCGGUUACUCUCGAAGUUGGAGAUUACAUUUUGUCACCGAUGAUAUGUGUGGAAAGAAAAAGCAUACAAGACCUUUUUAGUAGUUUUGCAUCAGGCCGUCUUUACCACCAAGUUGAAAUGAUGGUCCGUUAUUACCGGAUGCCUGUUCUUUUAAUCGAGUUUUCACAAGACAAAAGCUUCUCGUUUCAGUCAACGAGUGAGAUUGGCGAGGAUGUCACGCCCCAUAAUAUUAUAUCGAAGCUAUCUUUGCUUGUUCUACAUUUUCCUCGUUUGCGAAUUGUAUGGUCGCGUAGCUUGCAUGCAACUGCGGAAAUCUUUGCUUCUCUUAAAACAAAUCAAGACGAACCUGAUGAAGUUAAGGCAACGAGAGUUGGAGUACCUUCAGAAGAGGGUGUCGUGGAAGAUGACGUCAGAGCUGAGAAUUACAAUACUUCUGCCAUCGAGUUCUUGAGGCGACUACCAGGUGUGACGGAUUCCAACUACAGGGCCAUAAUGGACGGGUGCAGCAGCUUGGCGGAGGUUGCCCUCCUUCCGGUGGAGAGACUCGCUGAACUAAUGGGCAGCCAGAAAUCCGCCAAGAUUCUCAGGGACUUCCUCGAUGCCAAGUAUCCGACUUUGCUCUGACUUUAAUCACUGCAUUUGUUUGUUGUACAAUAUGGUCUUAAAAUUAAGUCUUGUUCGACCGAAUCCAGAUGCUAAUUCAGCAAUAGGUUUGGUCACUUGAGCUUUAUAAAACCUCCAUUGCUGCAAUGGACUCAUUUGGUUUUUUAUCGCAAUAAAAGAAGUAUCAUACAGACAAUGGUUUUGUGAUUUUGC